AUGAAAAAUAGAGUUAAAAAUCUUUGUAUCAACAUUUCUGAAAAAUAUAUAGAGAAUUCUUCUCACACUGAGUCAUCAGUAGAUAAUGUAGACGAUGAGAACUUUUUAAUAUUUUCUUCUCAGGAACAAUGUUUUGAUUCUAGGGCUGAUUUAGAAGUAGUUCAGUUUUUUAAUAAUAAAAAUAAAGCAUUAACAUGUGUAGACAGUUACCCUACUAUAAAAAAAUUAUUCAUCAGAUACAAUACAAGUUUGCCAUCAUCAGCUCCAGUUGAAAGAUUGUUUUCAUUUGCUGGAUUUAUUCAUGCUCCAAAUAGAAAAACUGUUUCAACAUGGAUUGAUAGAGAAACAUCUUCAAAAGCAAACAGUAUACUUUUCUCUUUAAAACAAGGAGAAACUCUACUUUCCAUACACAUUCUUGCAAAAGUGUUUUCAUUAAGUAUGCCAUUAAGUCGUCAACUUCAAAAAGAAGAUAUAGAUUUGUCCAUAUCAAUGGAACUUGCAGAUAAUGUUAUGAGUGCAGUAUGUUUGUUGCGUACUAAUGCUGCAGAAGAAUUUAAAAUAAUAUACAGUGAUGUUGAAAAAAAAUGUGAGUCAUUGGGGAUUAUAAUUUCAAUACCUCGACUAGCUAUAAACCGGACAAAUCGUUUAAAUAUUUCAACAGAAUCACCUGAAGACUAUUUUAGGAUUUUGAUUUUCAUACCUUUUUUAGAUAAUUUUUGUGAACAACUAAAUGACAGAUUUUUGAACCAUAAAUCAUUAUUAAAACAAUUUACUUGUUUAAUAAAUGCAAACGAGAAAAAUGAGACCGAAUUUAAAGAGCUUUUAAAGACAUAUUCUGCAGAUAUUGAAGCUGAUGAAGUAUCUGCAAUUGGCGAGUUUACAAUAUGGCAUCAUCAGGUGAAAAACAAAAACCCUAAAAAUGCUACGGAAGCAUUCAUUAAUUGCAAUGAAGAAAUAUUUCCUACGGUUCAUCAACUUUUAAAAAUAUUUAUUACUUUACCAGUAACCACUGCAAGCAGUGAAAGAUCUUUUUCCUCAUUACGGCGUUUAAAAACAUAUUUGAGGAACACGACUGGUGAAAAUCGGUUGAACGGCUUAGCAGUUAUGAAUAUUCAUCGGGAUUUAGUCGUAACCACUGACGAAAUAAUUGAUACUCUAGCUUUAAAAAUAGACGCAUUAAAUUAA